GUAGUGAAUGACGAUAGCGGUGAGGUGUGCCCUCAGGCACUACUUCUAUUGGCUUGUCUUCUCUUGAACGAGAUAACUGCAUUUCUUCGCGAAACAUUUCAGACAAUACCCCGUUCGAGAGUGAGUAGAACAGCGGCCGGUGCAACCGGAUGGGAGAGGUUGAUGUCACAUCGCCGGUGGUCAAUUCUAUCGAAUACGUUCAAUGCCCAGCAACAGCCAACUAUUACUGGCAGUGUCCAGAGUAUCACUGAUUUGAAUCUCGCUAUUCAUCAAGCUAGUGAACGACGUAUCAGUCUUUCGACAAAUGAGGAGGACUCUUCUCCACGUGGCUCGCACGAUACGAUUGAUGAGAUAGGCGUUCAUUCGGAUAAAAAAGCCUUCCAGUCAAGUCAUAUUAUGAAUGCGCUUUUCGAAAUCCUUCACCAACCUACAGACGACAUUCAAACCACCACCACCACCACCACAAUGACACCAACACGGUACGGUGGAAAAGCUCGACCUCCACUGGUCACACAACGCUGCUUGACCUCGCAGUCGACUGUCGAUGAUCCACUGGUUACACAGGAACGCACUACUUCGUGCAUCCGUUCUCAGUACACUCCUUCGUCGUUGCGUUCUCAUCGCCUUUCGUCCUUCUCGCAAACCGCUGAAGCUGUUAUGAACGCAGUCAGCAGUGUUGUUGUUCCUGAACAAGCUAGGCGAUUAGCUCAAGGAAGACAACGUCUUCUGAAACGGGGUUCACCAAUCAGUGGACAGCCAGCACUCGAAUCAAGCACAACACUGUCGAUUGAAAUGGAUCAGUAUCCGCCUGAAUCAGGCUUUCUCGGUCGACUUCCGUCUAUACGACGCCUAUCUCAUCGGCUGAGUUUUCGGGCCGCAAUCCAAAGAACCAUUCCGGAUGUAGCCGGUUGCAUACUUCAUGAAGUCUUACCCAGCAGUGCACCAUCAACGGCUCGUGAUAGUCUUAAGCCAGCGCUAUCGAAAUCCGUCUAUUCGGAUGAAGGCGCUCAUCCAUCGCAAUCAAUUCCAUCGCCAGAUUUUUCAUAUGAACGUUCCAUAACGAUCGGCUCAUGUCCUCCAUCGGCUCUUGGAAGCACAUCACGCUCGCAAAUUCCCACCGGUGGAUCCUCACAGCUUCAAGCGUCCAAUCUGGACGAUGAAGAAGAAUUGAUGUUCAAGAAUUUACCAUGGAUUAAGGUCGUUAUCACCGUGAUGAACAGUUUCAAUCUCACAUGCACACAUGAAAAAUGUUGUCAAAAGUGGUGUUUUGAACGGAUCUAUCGGCAGUGUUAUCGCCUUACAGAAGCAUUACGUAAGAUCUAUGAUGACAGUUUGCCUUCGGAAACAAGAUUGGACAGGCGUAAAGCGCUGAUCGAUAUGUGGAAUGCCAAACAGGAGACUAUGCGGAAGUCGUUGCAAAGACAUUCUUGCUAUGUGGCGAGACGUGAAAGUGCGACUGUCCGACAAGGUGCAUUGGUGGACAAGGCACCCAUGGCGUUGAGGGGUUUGCUGAUUGAAAAACUCAAUGAAAUUGAAGAAGGCAAGGAGGCUAGAGCUAAGAAAGCAGUCAAUCAGGAUUCUGAUGACCUGAUAGAAGCUAGUCAACUGCAGGCUCGUCAACGAGCACCGGCCAUAUUGAGUUAUAUUCGAACACAAGUUCUGCACAUAGCACAUUCGCCGUUAUCAACACUGCUCAAGAGUUGUCUUGUGCUCAAAGAUGAACAAUACAGUGAAACCNCAACUGCUUGUUCAUUCAGAUGCACAUGUAGUUGCAACAGCAGGUUCGCCAUUAUGCCCUGCUCAAAUAGGAAUGUUCAUCGAUACAAAACUGUCAAUUGA